UCAUUUUCAGUAGUUACUUUCUUCAGUUGGUACCGCCGGAUCUAAAAUCAAAAUAGAGAGUGGUGUCAGCUGUUAAAUAAAUCAAAGAAAAAUCAAGGAAAAACAACUUAUUCGGCCACAGAUUACAGUUAUAAUGGGACUAUUAGCUCUGCUUAGAAAAUUACGUUCUGCUCCGGAGAAAGAAGUUCGAAUCUUGCUGCUGGGUCUGGACAAUGCGGGAAAAACGACGAUACUCAAGCAAUUAGCAUCGGAAGAAGUGACCCAAGUUACACCAACGGCUGGAUUCAAUAUAAAAUCGGUUAUAUCCGACGGCUUUAAGCUAAAUGUCUGGGACAUUGGUGGUCAGCAGAAAAUUCGACCGUAUUGGAAAAAUUAUUUUGAAAAUACGGAUGCGUUGGUGUAUGUCAUUGAUUGUAGCGAUCGGAAACGGCUGCUGGAAACCGGUAACGAAUUGAAUGAAUUGUUGAUUGAUGAGAAAUUGGAUCAGGUUCCGCUACUAGUUUUUGCAAACAAGCAGGAUCUCUCGAAUGUCAUCAAGGCGUCGGAAAUUGCCGAGACUAUUGGACUGAUUAAGCUGAAAGAUAGAACGUGGCAGGUUCAAGCAUGUUCGGCAAUUAAUGGAACUGGUGUCAAGGAAGGGAUGGACUGGGUGUGCAAAAAUAUCAAGAAGAAAUAGGACGACCACAUGUUUGUUCGCACUACCCGCUUUUCAUUAGCGAAAUUAUUGUAAAAGUUUCUCGUCAAUUUUUGGAUAAUAAUUUCGCUAGUCGCUAAAGGCUCUCGGCACCGUCACGAGUAAUCAAAUACUGAUUUUUCUAAGUAGAUAUAAUUGUGCAAAAUUGAUGUUAAUAAAAUGAGUCAAUAAGCUGAA